CACAACUAUUUUACAACUCUGCUCACUCACUUCCCACUGCGAACACAUUCAUCUCAAAUCCGCAACAAUGGCCGCAUCCACCAUAUCCAUUUUCACCACAGUUCUCAUUCUCUCACUAUUCUCCUCCCUGAUUCCAUCUACCAAAGCACAAGACUCGCCGCCGGCACCAGAAGCUCCGGCACCGAGCCCCGGAGUUGAUUGCUUUAGAGUUCUAGUAAACAUGUCCGAUUGCUUAGCAUUUGUCGAAAGAGGAAGCAAUACGACUACACCGGGUAAAGGAUGUUGCCCGGAAAUUGCUGGAUUGUUAGAUAGUAACCCUAUUUGCUUGUGCCAUAUGCUUGGCCGAGCUCACUCCGGUGCUAAAAUUGGGUUCAAUAUUGAUGUCGAUAAGGCACUUAAACUUCCUUCUGCUUGUAGUUUGGAGUUUCCACCAUCUACCACUUGCUCAGAUCUUGGCAUCCCAGUCGGAGCUCCAUUACCAAGUGAGGAAAGCCCUGCUCCAUCACCUGGAGGAUUUGCAACUAGUCCUACAUCUGACAAUAUUAAUGCAGCUUCAAUCAUUGUAUUUUACAAGAUGCAAUUCCUUAUUGGCAUGGCCAUUAUGUUUUUCACAAGCUUUUUUUGAUUCAAUAAUGAUUUUUUGGUAGAAAAAAAAUAUUACAGUAGCACGUUUAAUUAGUAGAGAGAAGUAUCCAUUAAUAUUUAACUAUUUAUUCGGUAUCUUUUCCACAUUCAUAUCAUUGUGGAUAGAGGACUUCAACUCACUCUUGAGUUUCUAAUGAAGAAAAUAUGUAAUCUUUUGGUUAGUUUCAUGAAAUAAUAUUGUUAAAUUAAAUUAGGUUUAGGAAAUUAAA